AUGGAGUGUUAUGGAUACCAGUGGAGUGUUAUCGAUAGCUACGGAGUGUUAUGGAUACCAGUGGAGUGUUAUAGGAUAGCUAUGGAGUGUUAUGGAUACCGUGGAGUGCUACAGAUAGCUAUGGAGUGUUAUGGAUACCAGUGGAGUGCUAUAGAUAGCUAUGGAGUGUUGGAUACCUUGGAGUGGUAUAGAUAGUAUGGAGUGUUGGAUACCAGUGGAGUGUUAUAGAUAGCUAUGGAGUGUUAAGGAUACCAGUGGAGUGUUAUGAUAGCUAUGGAGUGUAUGGAUACCAGUGGAGUGUUAUAGAUAGCUAUGGAGUGUUAGGGAUACCAGUGGAGUGCUAUAGAUAGCUAUGGAGUGCUAGGGAUACCAGUGGAGUGCUAUAGAUAGCUAUGGAGUGCUAUGGAUACCAGUGGAGUGUUAUAGAUAGCUAUGGAGUCUUAUGGAUACCAGUGGAGUGUUAUAUAUAGCUAUGGAGUGCUAUGGAUACCAGUGGAGUGUUAUAGAUAGCUGUGGAGUGUUAUGGAUACCAGUGGAGUGUUAUAGAUAGCUAUGGAGUGAUAUGGAUACCAGUGGAGUGUUAUCGAUAGCUAUGGUGUGUUAUGGAUACCAGUGGAGUGUUAUAGAUAGCUAUGGAGUGAUAUGGAUACCAGUGGAGUAGAUAGUACGGUUAAAUAUAGUGUAUAUGUUUGGAAUCCCUCUGCUUAUAUUAUGAUUGGACUAUUUCGGUUGCUCAUAUAUCGAGAAAAGGCCAUAUUAUUCGCAUACAUAAACUCCAAAAGUUAGCUCUGAGAAUUAUAUACGAAAAACCGAAGCUAACCUCUUCUGGGCCACUAUUUAAAGCUGCUGGAGUCCUGCCUGUACAGCAAAGAGUAAUGCUACGAACAGCAAUAAUGGUAUAUAAAUCAUUAAACAACUGUGUACCCAAGUACAUAAGUAACUUGUUUGUCUUAAAGUCAUCAGUGACAAAACGAAUUACAAGAAGCUCAGAGAACAACGAACUGUGGAUACCGCAAACGAAACUAACAAUUAGGCAGAAAACGUUGAAAUUCAUAGGUGCAACAUUAUAUAACAGUUUACCACGUGCGACCAGACAAUCAACGUCAUUAAGCUCCUUUAAAAUAAGAGCCUAUCAAUACUUUUUAGAUACUUAUAUAUCAGUUAUUUGUUUGUACGGCAUUUACAUGUGCUUGUUGUACUGAUGUCCAAUUUAAUGUGUAGUUGUAAUAGUAGAUUUUGAACAGAAGGCCCAGUGUAAGAUUAGCGUUGCUAAACUGUUUUUUGUAUAAUUGCACCUUCUUUAAAUAAAGUUUAUUAUUAUUAUUAUUAUUAUAUUCACCUACAUCAAAACACACACAAAAAAUAUUAUUACAUACGUAAGAUAUUAACUUGUUAAAACACUAAACAAUAGAUAUUUUCAAAUGCUUUCAAAUGCUUUCAAGUGCUUUCAAUUUUCGGAGUAUCUAUUGUUUUGUAUUUUAUCAAAAUACUCAGUGGUUCUCGCAAUAUUAACUUGUAUAGUAGUAUUCCGGUAAUGUACAAAUAUAUGGACUAAAAUGUUCCAAUUAUAGUUGAAACAUUCCUAUUUCCUGGUUGGGAUAAAGUAUGUACUGUACAUAGUGAAUUUUUCGGCUUCCAUAGGCGGUUUCUGGCAAUGGAACCUCACGUUUAGCGAGGAUAGUAGCAGGAAAAGAUAGGACAACCUGACAAAUGUCACCUUCUGCCUAGCCGGUAACAUGAACAGGGCCCAAUUGAUUGGCUAGUAAACCAGAUGAGGUAAAGCAAUGAAUUUCAUAUGUUUAUAAAUUUUGAUAUUUGAACAGCAACAUUGAACAAAAUAAUUUUGUGCCAAAGUUUCCCACCUUCCUUCAGUUAGGACUCCAAGACCAAUGAACAAGUUGCCAUUCAGGGAUUAAAAACAAUGCAGACAAGUGUUAUUGUAAGUCUAACGGAAUAUUUAUGUCUACAGGUAGCCUGGCUGCUAUGUAGGUGAGUCUACAGGCUGCAAUACAAUGUUGACCGAUUAUCCAGAGGUCUACCAAAUGUCCAAGCUGUACCAUUUCCACAUGCUCCGUUUGGAGCCAGGGGUGGUAGAGCCAACUCUAUUGUGUUCAAUACCCAGGCGUUUAAGGACAAUACAGUGCGUAAGUCAUGGAAGUAGUUUUAAAAUGUUUGAGACAAGAUACAAUUUAAUGUGUGCAACAAGUUCCUGGGCCUUGGUAUCGUUUGACUUUUCGCUCGAUGGAAUAUAAACAAUUAAAGUGUUUCAAGUGUGGUCAAAAUGUUCAUAUAUACAACGUCAAUGUUUCAAGUGUUCUCUAGUGGCGUCUCCCGGUCGAGUGACGAAGAUGUGGACCGUGCGGAGACGACAGAUUGUAAGGAUCCAGAAGGCAUCAGGGAUGCAGUCAUACUCGGGAUAACCAACAACGCCAGCCAACACCACCCAAUAGAACGAGAAAUCGAGGACAUCAAACGGAAAGCAGAAGAGGGUUUCCAUACCUGA